CAGAUCCUGAUUGUUAUGCAGCUGUUGUAAAAUACAUGAUUCAUGGGCCAUGUGGAAAUGCCAACCCAAAAGCAAGUUGUACAUCAGAAUGAAAAUGUUCUAGGCAUUUCCUCAAAAGUUAUUGCUCACAAACAAUAAUGGUUGAUGAUGGGUUUCCAAGAUAUCGCCUGAGAGAUGAUGGCCGCUGCAUAAUUCGAAAUGGUGUUCGACUUGAUAAUUGACACAUAGUGCCCUACAACGGAUACCUCCUCCUGCGGUUCCAAGCUCAUAUCAACGUUGAAUUUUGUAAUAAGAACAGGUUAGUUUUCGUUUAUUCAUUCAAUACUUUAUAUAUAUACAAAUUAUUUUCCCGCGAACUUAAAAAAAUAUUUAUCAUGCAGAUCAAUUAAAUAUUUGUUCAAAUACAUUAACAAACCGCCUGAUAAAGCAAGGGAAACAAUAGUUGAGGAAAGAGACGAAAAAGAUGAAGGGGGAAACAAAUCAAAGACACACAUGGAUAUUGAUGAAAUUAGAGCAUUCUUAGACUGUCGAUAUCUAGCAGCAGCUGAAGCCUGUUAGAGAAUCUUCAAGUUUGAUAUUCAUCAUCACUAUCCAUCAGUUCAUAGAAUGAGAUUUCAUCUUCCUGGUGAGCAAAUUGUCACCUAUGAUGAAGACAAACCAAUAGACGAGGUAUUAGAUGAAGAAGAUGGAAAAAAGACUGUUAUUGGCGUGGAUGGAAACGAAUUCCAAAGAUCAUAGUGCAAGACAAUACACAUUUGUCGAGUUCCCACAACAUUAUGUUUGGGAUAAAAGAAACAAAGAGUGGAGGAGAAGAAAAAACAAGGGAUGUAUUGGGAGAUUGUACUAUGCGCAUCCUUCCUCGAACGAAAGAUAUUAUUUGCGCCUGCUACUACACAAUGUCAAAGGGUGUAAAUCCUUUGAAGAAAUUAGAACAGUUAACGGUGUUUUGCAUCACACCUUUAAAUCAGCAUGUUAUGCACUGGGUUUCUUGGCUAAAGAUGAUGAAUGGCAUGAUUGCUUAAAGGAGGUAUUUACAUGGGCAUCGAGAGCAAAAAUGAAAAGAAUCUUUGUCACCAUGGUGGCUUAUUCUCAAGUAUCAAAUGUGAAAGACCUAUGGGAAAAAAAUUGGGAGUUGCUUAGUGAUGAUAUCCUACAUAGCCAGAGGCGCCUCCUCAAUCAACCACAAUUUAAAUUAUCCGAAGAUGAAAUAAAGGAGUUAUGUCUUAUAGAACUGGAGAAACUAUUCCACGUCAUCGGCAAAUCUUUGCCUGAUAUUCCAGGUAUAGCUAUAGAAAUGAAUUUUAUUUUCAUACAUUUUUAGAAAAAUACCAUUCAAAGUGAACUUUAUGUAAUGGGACAAUGUAGCUUAUUUAUUUGUGCGUUAUAUUCUAGAUUAAUAAUGUUUUUUGAUAUUUUAACUUAUAUGUUUACCAAAUAUUUGGCUAAUACUAUAUAUACCUUUCUCAAAGAGUUAACAUAACUUAAAUAAACUGUAUGCAAAAGGACAAUGUAAUCAUUUGUGUUGUUUGAUAUAUUUUAUAAUAACAAUUUCUAUAACAUUUUUAUCUUAAAUUUUCACCAAGUAUUUUUUUCAUGCCCAGGUAUGCCUUCCCCAAAGAGUAACGUGUCAACUAGAAAUAACCGAUUGCUAGCAGCGGAGUUGAACUACAACAAGACCGAAAUGAAUAUUCAAUUCCAAGAAAAUUAUCCGAAAUUGAACGAAGAACAACAAAUUGCAUAUGACCAGAUUAUGGAGUCUAUCUAUUCAAACACAGGGAAAUGCUUUUUUGUUAAAGGAUUUGGUGGAUCGGGCAAAACUUUUCUAUGGAAAGUAAUUAGCGCAAAGCUACGUUCUGAGGGGAGGAUAGUCCUUUGCGUUGCCACUUCAGGAAUAGCAGCUCUAUUGAUGGAUGGAGGACGAACAUCACAUUCAAAGUUUCGCAUUCCUAUAAAUUUGACGUCAACAUCCUCCUGUGACAUCUAUCAAGGUACUGAUCUUGCUCAGCUAAUACAAAAUACUUCUUUGGUAAUAUGGGCUGAAGCUCAUAUGGCAAACAAAAAUGCAAUUGAAGCACUAGAUCGUACUUUGAGAGAUAUUCUCAGAUCUCGCAACAAAGAUAGUCAAGCGAUACCAUUUGGAGGAAUGACAGUUAUUUUUGGUGGGGACUUCCGACAACCCUACCAAUCAUUAAAAAAGGAACCCGUGCCGAUAUUGUUUCAGCAUCCUUUAAAAUGUCACACCUUUGGCAACAUCUACAAGUCCCGAGGCUCACUCAAAAUAUGAGAUUGCGACAAACUUAUUGCUCAGAAUCAGAGCUCAAAGAAAUUGCAACUUUCAGUAAAUGGAUUAUGGAAAUUGGAGAUGGCAACAACUGCUCAGUGUUCGGAGAAGCCAAUAUUUCGAUUCCAACUUAUUUAAUGGUGUCGCGGCAUGGGGAUCCAAUUUCUGACAUUAUCAAGGCAACAUACCCAAACCUGGGGGAUAAUCAUGACAACAAAGAUUAUUUGGCGAGUCGAGCUAUUCUAGCGCCCCAUCAUGAAAUGGUCAAUAAACUGAAUGAGUAUAUGUUAUCACAAAUUACAAGGGAACAAGUUACAUAUCUCAGCUCAGAUUUUUUCGAGAAUGAAAAAGGAAAGCCAAAGAGCCAAGACCCGAAAAUCUCUGCGGAGGUGCUAAAUUCCUUGCAAAUACCAGGCUUCCCCGAUCAUGAGAUCAAACUGAAGAUUGGUGUCCCAGUGAUUCUGCUUAGAAAUGUAGAUCAAUCAUCCGGGUUAUGCAAUGGAACAUGAAUGAUCAUUAGAAGACUGUGACAAUGGUUCAUUGAAGCGGAAGUUAUUACUGGAUCACAUGUCGGCGACGUGAUUUUUCUACCUCGCAUGAUUCUAGCCACGGAGUACCCAAGUCUUAAUAUUACAUUGUCAAGAAGGCAAUUCCCUAUUGCAUUGUGUUAUGCAAUGACAAUCAACAAAAGUCAAGGGCAAUCACUACAAAAGGUGGGAUUGUGUUUACCACAGCAAGUCUUCGGUCAUGGACAACUGUAUGUUGCUCUAUCACGAGUUACUUCCAGAACUGGGUUGAAGAUACUUAGUUGUGACCAAUAAGAGAAACCUCAAUCAUGGAUGCAAAAUAUAGUAUACAAAGAAAUAUUUGCAUAAUGUGGAGUGCCCGUUCAUGAAAAAGACACAAUCAAUGUAGUAGAACAUUGGCGACAAGGAUGGUAGAUCUCUAUUAAGUCCUUUCAUAUUUCUUCUUCUUUUCUUGAUCAAAAUGUGCUUUCAUAUUUCGAAAAUUACAUAAAUGAGUAUUUGGAAGGUCACCUCAUAUUGUUUUGUUUGGUGGUUCCAAAAAACAAACGCUAAUUACAACAAAAACCAUUGCAUUAAUUUAUUCUCUUGGUUAACUAUUUUCCAUCUACUUUCCACCUAACAUAAAAAGGAAAAUGGAAAAGGAAAGGACGCCAGUAGGGGUGACCUUGAAAUUAAUGUUCUGAUAUCAUAUGACUAUUUGAACAACGAUUUGCUUGCAUCACUAAAAACAAUUUAAAAUGAAAAUUCAAAUCCAAUAUACCCAAAACCAACCAACACAAAUACAUGGCCAUUUAUAUGAAAUAUGAAUCAUCGUUAUAUCAUAUUUGGACAAUAUAACAUAGAUCUUAGAAUAAAAAAAUGAUAACACCACCACAGACUUCCCAUAGAACCAAAAGAUACUUAGUAACUUAAACAAAGACAUGAUCAUUAUGGUUAGGAAAUUCAACAGAACCUAAAAUAUGAAUGCCACUCUCCGCCACUUACAAGCUAGAACUCUAAUAUAAAAUAAAAAGAGAGUCUCCAUAAUAGAGACUGAGCAUUGAAUAUGCAACGGCAGCCCCAAGCCAAUCGUCCUGUUAGUAACCACCAAAUUAAACAAAAACAAAUAAAAUAUUUCAAGUAAUUUGAUGGACACAUAAAAACAAAGGAAUAAAGAUAAUGGAAUCCUUGGGCAUUACACUCAUAAUAACAGCCUAAUUGAAAGUCCUAAAUGUAAAAGACCAAUCGACAUAACCUAAUUGCAAAAUACCAAUGGACAGAACCUAAGCAACGACUACAAGGAGCAAUGAUUGCAUGCUCAUUAAAACAACCAUGAAAUAGAGAGAGAACUUGAAAAAACUAACAUAUAAAUACUUCCCAUAGAACCAAAAGAUAAUUAGUAGCUUAAAUAAAGACAUGAUCAUUAU